AGGCUGGAACGAAGGAGGAGCCCCUCGUGGCCGAGGCCAUCAAUCCUGUUCACAUCAAACAACAAGCUGAGAUGAGAGAGAAACUGGCUGCUCUCAAAGAGAAGCGUCUGCUCAAUCAGAAACUGGGGAAGGUGAAGGUGCUUGGAGAUGAAGAACCAUGGCUGGACGACACAGCUGCCUGGGUGGAGAGGAGUCGCAAACUUGCCAAGGAGAAGGAGAUGGCAGAGAAGAGGGCCAAGCUCCUAGAGGAGAUGGAUGAAGAGUUUGGUGUGAGCAAUCUGGUCGAGCAGGAGUUUGCACAGGAAAGGAGGGACGCAUAUAGCUCACGUGAUCUCAAAGGGCUCAAGGUUCAACACAAGAUGGAGUCUUUCAGAGAGGGGGAAACAGUUAUCUUAACUAUAGAAGACAAAGGCGUUCUGGUGGAGGAGGAGGACGUGCUGGUGAAUGUGGGUCUGGUGGACAAGGAGAAAGCGGAGAAAAAUGUGGAGCUAAAGAAGAAGAAGCCAGAUUAUAAACCUUAUGAAGAAGAGGAGAGUGUGGAUGACAUGGUCGUUUUCAAGCCAAAGGCUGUGCUGUCAAAGUACGAUGAGGAGAUCGAGGGGGAGAAGAAGAAGAGUUUCAGGCUCAGUGCUGGAGGUUUUGUGGGGGGUGAGAGAGAGCGGGAGCUGCAGGCCAUCAGAGAGAACCUACGCAAUCAGGCCCAGUCUCUGGACAUGCCUGUUCUCACCCUCGCCAGUGAAUACUACACGCCACAGGAGAUGGUGGGCUUUAAGAAGACCAAAUGCAAAGUCAAGAAAAUCAGAAAGAAAGAGAAAAUACUCCAGGUUGAUGACCUCUUGGUUGAUGACACGCGAAGCUCAGAUUUCGGUUCCAGGUCUCGAGGCCGAGGUAGAAAGCAAGCAGAUGAGAAGGAGGGGGUGGAGCAUGGAGGUGUUGCUAUGGAAACCAGCAGCAAGGCCAGUGAUGUCCUCCAGCAGUCAGAUGACAUUAGAAUGGCCGACAUGGACAUUAGUGAUGAUGAUGACUUCACCCCUCCAGAGCCUACUGCAUUAGAAGAGGACGAAGCUGAGCAGGAGCUCCAGAAACAGCUUGAGAAACAGAGGAAACUCAGACAAAAACAGAUGCUCAAAGACUCAGGAGAAAAGGUCAGGACUUUCAAUUCCUGAAGCACU